CUACAGCGGGGGCUGGGAUCUGUCUGCUUUUCUGCUAAACGCAGGCAGCUGGGGAGGGGGGCACUGAUCCUCACCUUAUGGACGUGUGGAUGUCUGGACACAGCAGCGGCUGAUCCCACACGAUGAGGACCAUCCUGGUCUGUGUGCUUCUUCUCUUUCUGGCAUGUGGGGGAAUGUGCACAGACUCAGAUGACAAAUGGAAAAGCACGGAGGGGCAGCUACUUACCAGCCUGGUCACUUUGAAGUACGGCCCCUUUUGCCUAAGAACCUCUCCUUGGACUGUCUUUUCACCAAACCACGCCGCAACAGUGUGCAAACAUCAUGUGAGCAAACUGGGUGCCCCCUACUGGAGGACGAUAUUACUUAAUGUUUGCGGGCUUUUGAGCCGCUUGGGUCAGGAUGCGUGGUUAAGCGCAGAGGAAGAGCUCGUCACCAGGGGGCGCCCAAACGCCACCAAAACACUGGAACUUCUCCAAAGCCUGCAGACGCUUUGUGUUUCAGUGCAGCCCUGGAAGCGAGUCGAAAACAGAGACGUCGCACCUAGGAGGAGAUGGCCUUACAUCCUGAAAAGGCAGCUUGGAAGCAACGGCCGUAGGAGACCGUACAUCUUAAAGCGGACCGUGGGGGACUGACGCUCCUACCCCAACGCCGCGCCGUCUCUUAAUCCCUCAGUGUCUCCACAAGUGUCCAUAAACCUGCUUUCAUCUGUUAUCUUUCCAGUUUUCUUAUAAUGGGUUAUAAAAAUAAAAGCUGAAGCAAAGUA